GCCCGCCCCGCCUCCCCGCCUCCCCGCCUCCCCGCCUCCCCUAGCCCCGCAGAUUUCCCACCCCGCGGCGACGCCAGGAGCUCCUCCUCGUCUCCGCCCCGCCGGCCGCGGCCGCGGGGGACGUCAGCGCUGCCAGCGUGGAUACCGCGGCGGGCCGCGGGAGGCGGAAGUAGCGCUCGGACCGCGGAGCCUCCAUCGGGCUCCGCCGGCCGCCUCAGCCAUGGACGCGUCCCUGGAGAAGCAGACCCUACAUUAGCUGAGAUGGGAAAAAACUUGAAAGAGGCCAUGAAGAUGCUAGAGGACAGUCAGAGAAGAACAGAGGAGGAAAAUGGGAAGAAAUCAUCAGGAGAUAUUCCGGGGCCACUCCAAGGCAGUGGACAAGACAUGGUGAGCCUCCUGCAGUUAGUCCAGAACCUGAUGCACGGAGAUGAAGACGAGGAGCCCCAGAGUGCCCGAAUCCAGAAUAUUGGAGAACAAGGUCAUAUAGCUUUGCUGGGGCAUAGUCUGGGAGCUUAUAUUUCAACCCUGGACAAAGAGAAGCUUAGAAAACUUACGACCAGGAUACUUUCAGACACUACAUUAUGGCUAUGCAGAAUUUUCAGGUAUGAAAAUGGCUGCGCCUAUUUCCACGAAGAAGAAAGAGAAGGACUUGCAAAGAUCUGCAGGCUUGCUAUUCAUUCUCGUUAUGAAGACUUUGUAGUGGAUGGUUUCAAUGUGUUAUAUAAUAAAAAACCUGUCAUAUAUCUUAGCGCUGCUGCUAGGCCUGGCCUGGGCCAGUACCUUUGUAAUCAGCUCGGGUUGCCCUUCCCCUGCUUGUGUCGUGUGCCAUGUAACACUAUGUUUGGAUCCCAGCAUCAAAUGGAUGUUGCCUUCCUGGAGAAACUGAUUAAAGAUGAUAUAGAACGAGGAAAACUGCCUCUGUUGCUUGUAGCAAAUGCUGGAACUGCGGCAGUAGGACACACGGACAAGAUUGGACGUUUGAAAGAACUCUGUGAGCAGUAUGGCAUAUGGCUUCACGUGGAGGGUGUGAAUCUGGCAACCUUGGCUCUAGGUUAUGUCUCCUCAUCAGUGCUGGCUGCAACCAAAUGUGACAGCAUGACAUUGACUCCAGGUCCAUGGCUGGGUUUGCCAGCUGUCCCUGCGGUCACCCUUUAUAAACACGACGAUCCAGCCUUGACUUUAGUUGCCGGUCUUACAUCAAACAAGCCAGCGGACAAACUCCGUGCCCUGCCACUGUGGUUGUCUUUACAGUACUUGGGGCUUGAUGGGAUUGUGGAGAGGAUUAAGCACGCCUGCCAGCUGAGUCAGCGGUUACAAGAAAGUUUGAAGAAAGUGAACCACAUCAAAAUCUUGGUGGAAGAUGAGCUCAGUUCUCCAGUUGUGGUGUUCAGGUUUUUCCAGGAAUUACCAGGCUCAGAUCCAGUGCCCAAAGCCGUCUCUGUGCCCAACAUGACACCUUCAGCAGUCGGCCGGGAAAGACACUCCUGUGACGCCCUGAAUCGCUGGCUGGGAGAGCAGCUGAAACAGCUGGUGCCCACGAGCGGCCUCACAGUCAUGGACCUGGAAGUGGAGGGCGUGUGCAUCCGGUUCAGCCCUUUGAUGACCGCGGCAGUUUUAGGCACCCGGGGAGAGGACGUGGAUCAGCUCGCGGCCUGCGUCCAGAGCAAGCUGCCGGUCCUGACCUGCACACUGCAGCUGCGGGAGGAGUUCAAGCAGGAGGUGACAGCAACGGCAGGUCUCCUGCACGUCGAUGACCCGAACUGGCCUGGAAUAGGGGUUGUCAGGUAUGAACAUGCUAAUGAUGACAAGAGCAGUUUGAAAUUAGAUCCAGAAGGAGAAAAAAUCCAUGCUGCACUCCUGAAAAAGUUAAAUGAACUGGAAUCCGACCUUACAUUCAAAAUGGGCCCGGAGUACAAAAGCAUGAAGAGCUGCAUCUACGUUGGCAUGGCCAGUGACGAUGUGGAUAUUUCGGAACUGGUAGAGACCAUUGCAGUCACAGCCCGAGAAAUUGAGGAGAACUCACGGCUUCUAGAAAACAUGACAGAGGUGGUUCGAAAAGGGAUCCAGGAAGCCCAGGUUCAGCUGCAGAAGGCAAACGAGGAGCGGCUUCUGGAAGAGGGGGUGCUGCGGCAGAUCCCCGUCGUGGGGUCCGUGCUCAACUGGUUUUCUCCGGUACAAGCUUCACAGAAGGGAAGAACCUUUAACUUAACAGCAGGCUCCCUAGAGUCCACGGAACACACCUAUGUCUACAAGGUCCAAGGCACGGGUGUCACACCCCCGCAGACCCCCUCGGGCACGCGCACGAAGCAGAGACUUCCAGGCCAGAAGCCUUUCAGGAGGUCCCUGAGAGGUUCCGACGCUCUGAGCGAGACCAGCUCGGUCAGCCACAGUGAGGACCUGGAGAAGGUGGAGCAGUUGAGCGGCGGCCCCGAGCCCGACGCCCCGGAGCCCGGAGGCCCCGAGCCCCCUCCCGGCACUCGCGCCCCGCCGGACGCCGAGCAGACGGGCGCCCUCCGCAGCGGGGCCCAGCGCCCGGAAGACGACCGUCCGCAGGUAGAAGAACCGGAGAGCUUAAGAUAAAAGUCAGUGUUGUGCUUGGAGACUGUAGUAUCGUUUCAGGGAAGAAGUUGUUCUACUGACAGUGUGAACCGUGCCACGUGCUAAUGCGAGAGAAAGGACUGUUUUUGUGCGGAACUGGCAUUUUUGCACACAUCCGUGCCUGAAAGCCAGACUUUUUAGAAGGGCAGUUGAUGGUCUCAUUCCAUGGGUCUGUGGAGCAACUCCUGUCGUUUCGGUCUGCCCCGCUGUAGUUCACACCGGUUUCCCCCGUUACAUAAACACGUUGAUUCACAACACUUAAGAGCUCAAGAGCCCGCCUCUUGGAACACUCGCGCUCACCUUUCUAGAUCCAAGUGUAAGACGCCGUAUGCGGUUACGUGUAACUCUCCACUGAGGCCGCUUUCGUUAGAGCC